AUGUUCAGUUUAAUAAUUGUUAUUUAUGUCUUUGCGGAUUUCUCUAUGGCGUCUGAAUCUAAUCAAGAUACUUCACCGUACAGCGUUCAAAAGAAUAUGAAACCUCCGGGGGCUCUAGCUUUUUACGCAUCGUUAAUAAAUAAUAAUAAAGGACAUUCAAAUUUGAGCUAUUUUGAAAUAGACGAGAAUCAAGUAAGGAUACCGACAAAAAUCUAUGACGAACAUAAAAAGAAAAAGAAAAUAAAGAAAUCAACGAAGCGGACGAUACAAAGGAUAAUUAAGAAAGGUAAGAACAGAAGCAGGAAAAUAUACGUUAAUCCGAUAACAAGACAGCCAACAGUAACAGCGGAGAAUGUUGAUUUAAUGGAUAGCGGAUACACCCAUUACGAAGAAGUCACAACAGGCAGCACUAAAAAGAAACCCAGGAAGAAUCCAAGGAUAGCCAGAUAUCCAAUGCCGUUUCACAAACUUCAACAAAGGAAAGAUUUGACAGCGCGUUACCGAAAUAGAAGAGAAGUUGAUAGAGAUGACGUGUUUAUACUAAAAGAUCUUGAUGAAAUUGAGAUUGUAAAGAGAGGUAAAGAUUACAAUGUAGUCGAGGCGCACGUAAAGAAAUAUUGGUAA